AUGAAGAAGGGUAAUGUUAGAAAAGAAGUAUCAGAGAAGAGAAGAAUUGUGUUUGAAAUGAGUAGUGUCAGGAAGUGGAAAGGUGGUAUUGAGAAGAAUAAUACUAGGGAAGAUGUGAUUUUAGAGAAAGUAUGGUUUCAAGAAAAAAUGUGUUUAGAAAGAGUGAUGUGGGAUAAGGAUAGUGUCAGAAAAGAAUUGUUAUCAGAUAAGUAG